CCUUUCACAAUAUAAAGUAACAACAGCAGAUUCCCAAUCAUCCUCUCCACUCUAUAGGAAACAGCCAUAAUUGCACCCAACAGUAACUUUCACCAUAAAAAGUUAGAACCCUCUAAGCUACCCACUUCAUUGAUUGCUUCAUCUCUUUUCAACUUAAUCUUCCAAUUAUAUAAACCUAUCAAUCUCCAUCAACUUCCCUUCAACCACACUUCCUUUUUCUUCUUCCAACCUUUCAUCAUGAGUACUACUUCUUCCUGCACAAACUCUUCUGUCAAUGGCUUCUACAACUUCCUCACUAAAGGACUCAAUGAGCUUCAUCAAUCCUUCCUCUCCCAUCACUUCAUGUCAAUCCAAUUCAUUUCACAGGUUCUCUCAUCCCUCCAAUCCUUCCACUCCAAGUUAACCAUUUUCAUCCAAAGACUCUGCUUGCCAGUUGGAGGCAAAUGGCUCGAUGAAUACAUGGAUGAAAGCUCAAGGCUUUGGGAUAUCUGUCAUGUUCUCAAAUCAGCCAUUUAUGGUAUAGAGAACUAUUCCUCAACUGCCUCCAAUAUAACCUCCUUAGUCGAUGGCUACCAUCAUUUCACUCCAGAGCUUUCACAUCAGGUGGUCAGGGCCAUAAAUGUUUGUCAAAGGGAGAGUCUAGGAUUGGUGGAGGAAAACAAAAGCAUGAUGGAAACAAGAAUUCAGGCAUUGUCUCAAUGCCUAAAUCAGAACAUGUGUAUGGAAUCAAAGCUAAACGAGUUCAAUGGUUUCCGAGGAGUACUUUGUGCAAUGAGGAGUGUUAGCUCAUUGCUUCUCAUGAUUUUGCUAUGUGGAGUUGCAUAUUGUUGGUCUUCCUCGUGCUUUGAGCAACAAGGGUAUGAAGGGCACAUGGUUUUCGGAUCAGGUUUUGUGGUUUCCAUGGCAAGAUUGCAGCAGAAAGUUGCACAGGAGAUUGAGCACAGUAAUGGGCAGCCAGGGAUUCUGCUGCUUGAAUUUCAACAAGCAAAGAUUGCAAUGGAGGAAUUGAAAAUGGAGUUGGAGAGAAUGGUGGGCUAUGAUGCAGAGUGUGAGAUCCAAUCAAAAGUUGACAACUUGAAACGUUGCUUUGGGUUGUUGAGAUGUGGGGUUGAGACUAUAACAGGGCAACUUGAUGAUUUCUUUGAUGAAAUUGUGGAAGGAAGGAAGAAGCUUUUGGAUAUGUGUAGUCAUAAGUAG